GAGCCGGGGCGCGACUCAGUCCGCGGCGUUGCGCUGCCCUCUCUGCUCGCGCGAGCUCACGCAGCGCGCCCGCGCCAGGCCAAGGUCCGCCACCGGCCGGAGGCUGGGCAGGAGCGUGCGGCCGCCGAGCCUGGCAGGGUGGGGACGGCGCCUUUUGUCCCUGGAGAUUCCUAGAAGGAGCCCCAGAAGUUUGCGGCGGGACGCGCGCGUGGAGGCAGCGAGGGCAGCCCCGACGUCGCGGGUGCGAGUGCGCGGAGCCAGCAUGGGCAGCGGGCGCGGCGUGGGGGACCGCCGCUGGGCCGCCUCGGGCUUGCUGCUGGCGCUGGCCGCCGGACUCCUGGCCACGGGCUCGGCCAGCGAGUACGACUACGUGAGCUUCCAGUCGGACAUCGGCUCGUACCAGAGCGGGCGCUUCUACACCAAGCCGCCGCAGUGCGUGGACAUCCCGGUGGACCUGCGGCUGUGCCACAACGUGGGCUACAAGCAGAUGGUGCUGCCCAACCUGCUGGAGCACGAGACCAUGGCCGAGGUGAAGCAGCAGGCCAGCAGCUGGGUGCCCCUGCUCAACAAGAACUGCCACAUCGGCACCCAGGUCUUCCUCUGCUCGCUCUUCGCGCCCGUCUGCCUCGACCGGCCCAUCUACCCGUGCCGCUGGCUCUGCGAGGCCGUGCGCGACUCGUGCGAGCCGGUCAUGCAGUUCUUCGGCUUCUACUGGCCCGAGAUGCUCAAGUGUGACAAGUUCCCCGAGGGGGACGUCUGUAUCGCCAUGACUCCGCCCAAUGCCACCGAAGCCUCCAAGCCCCAAGGCACAACUGUGUGUCCUCCAUGUGACAACGAGUUGAAAUCUGAAGCCAUAAUUGAACAUCUCUGUGCCAGCGAGUUUGCACUGAGAAUGAAAAUAAAAGAAGUAAAAAAAGAAAAUGGUGACAAAAAGAUCAUCCCCAAAAAGAAGAAGCCCCUAAAGCUGGGGCCCAUCAAGAAGAAGGAACUGAAGAAGCUUGUCUUGUACCUGAAGAAUGGGGCCGACUGCCCCUGCCACCAGCUGGACAACCUCAGCCACCAUUUUCUCAUCAUGGGGCGGAAAGUGAGGAGCCAGUACUUGUUGACAGCCAUCCACAAGUGGGACAAGAAAAACAAGGAAUUCAAAAACUUCAUGAAGAAAAUGAAAAAUCAUGAAUGUCCGACUUUUCAGUCGGUCUUUAAGUGAUCCUCCUGGGGGUGGGCUGGGGAGGGAGCUGGUGGGUUGGGGUGAGGGGUGGGGGAAGAGCGGGACAACCCUGGAUCCAUGGUGGUUCACACACAUUGCUCCUUCCCUUGGUAGUGGACAUUGUAAUCCAGUUGGCUUGUUCUUGCAGCAUCCCCAUCCCCUUCCUCCAUAGCAUGCUCCAGACCCCUGUAUAGCCAAUAUUUAAAGCUGUACGUUAAGGUAAAGAAAGGACCAUUUAGAUUAGGGAGCCAUUUUUUAAGAGCUACAGUGCGAAACAGUAUGCCACUGUGGAAAAGGAGGCGCAAACCCAUUUCAGCCAGAGACACAGCCACUAAAAAAAGAAAAUGUUUGCUGGUAGGAAGAAGGGGCUGGGCAAAGAAGUAACAGACAUCCACAAACACCAAGUUCUGCAACUUGCCCUGUGUUUCAGAUUGCUUGUGGAUCUGUCGGUUAACAAUAGCUUCGGGACUAGCAGAUUCUCUCGGUAAACCACGUUGCUUUCAGUUAGAGUAUGUCUCUUCCUGCCUAUUUUAGCCAGAAACAGACACACCACAUUUACAAUUUAAGAUCAGUUCCGGAAAGUAAUAAGGACACAGAAGAGAAACUCAAGCAGAGCGUAUAAUAGUGAAAACAAAGGAACUAGGAGGUAGGUCACUGCCUGCUCUCCCGUCAGUCUUUCCAAAUGAUAUGAAUCAGCCAUUCUCAGAUGCCAUGUAAGUGGCAGUUAACAUCAGCCUUAAUGCAGGCUUUUACCUCUAGACUUGUGGAGGGGAGGCACGUGCCUGCCUUUGUGAAAAGAAAAAGAACACACAGUGGGUACCAAACCCACAGCAUGAGAGAGACGACGAGUUUCAGACUGAGAAGGCAAUGGUUAGUGGUUUUCAAAACACAUCUUUAAAGAAGAAAAAGAGAAGAAGAUGUUUUAGAACAGCCCAGCAAAUUGCUGGUCGGGGUGAUUGGGUGAAGAGCUUAGUGUUCUAAUUUCAUCUGUUACUUCACCUCACAUUUUUUUAAAGAGCCACCACCAAAAAGAAAAAGAAAUCCACUUACUUGUCAAGGUUUUUUUUUCUUUUUAAAAGUCUGUAUUGAGCAUUUGAAAGGUAUGCUAAGACCAAGGUCUCUUGAUCCAUCUGAGACCGCUUUCUAUAAGUCUUGCUAGGCAUUUUAGUGGGAGGUAGACUCACCCGGUAGCAUAGCCAUGUGGUUCUUUUCUUUGUAAGGAGAUUGAUUGGUUUGCCCUCUCCAUGGCUCUCACCCCAACACAAAGCUCAUCAAAACAGUGCCUACCAGUCUUUUCAGCAGAAGCUGAUUACUUUAAACAUGAUUGCCCAUAGAUCAAAGAAAAUAAAAACAACUUGUCUGUCCCCUUGCACUUUAAAAAAAAUUUUUUUUUUUUAAUUUCUGCAGAGGGAAAGUUGAACCGCUAAUACGUCCCCAUCCCAGGAGAUAGUACAACGUCCCUGCAGCGUCUCCCAAGUGCCCUAAGAUAUUUCUCAAAGCCCCUGCGUUUAAUAAAAACCAGUUGCCGUCAAGUUGAUUGCAACUCACGGCGACCCCAUGUGUGUCAGAGUAGAACUGUGUUCCCUAGGGUUUUCAGUGGCUGAGUUUUUAGAAGUAGAUCACCAGGACUUAGGUGCCUUUGGGUGGACUCAAACUGCCAGUCUUUCAGUUAACACAUUAAUGGUUGGCACCACCCCGGGACUCUUGUGUUUAUAAAGUGAUAUACAUAAACUUUUCCACUUAGAACAACUUCAUUUCUCUUGGUCAGUUUAUAGGAAGUAAUUCUGAAAAACCAAUGCUAAUUUCUUCCCAAAAGCCUGAUUCGUAAUUCUCUGUGACGCCUCCAGGACUUAAGUGAUUGUCCCUGUAGGUGAAUGUUUAUAACCCAACCUGAAUGCUGCAUCGAGGCUGGGAAGUGUCACUCUGUGACCCUGGUCUGCACACACAAGAAAGUGGAAGAUUGUUAACUUCUGAAGACGCCAGUGUGUAAAUCAGCCUGCCAGUUUAGUUACCUACAUGAGAGUUAUCCCACCAUAAUUAAGCUUUCACAAUUAGCGAUCUCACCAUUUUAACACUUUUCUAAUAUUUAUCUCUGACCUUUAAUCAUAGCGUUGGGAGAACUUCCGUGAUUUGCCUGUAACUUGGGAUGAUUUUUUUUUUUUUUAAAAAGUGUGUAUUAGUUAAUUAGAACUAUUCUCUUUUCCUCUUGUCAAACUGAAAUUCAGAGCGAUCCACGAGCGCGUGACUCUGGGUCUUCGUUUUGAUCGAUUAACUCAAGAGUUCAGUGCACUUUGUCUUUUUGACCAAGUGCAUCACGCAACAGCGCCCUCUUUCCAAGGCAGGGCUGUAUUAGAUGGGUGUAUCUGGGCUCUUAGCAGUUACGGCAGCAAGAAAUUUAUGAAAGAAUAGGUGGCCAUACUCUGCAACUCUGUAAAUGGGAAUUCUCAGAUAGGCAGAGACGGCAUUUGAAGAAAGUUCAACAUAAAUUGGAAGUACGAUUUGCAGCUGCAGGUUUGACCCCCACCCUCAGCGGCCUUGGACUUGUGAGUUCCACCGUGAACUUUAUGAUGGCGUUAGACAUCCAUGAGCUUUUUCUACAUCCCAUCAGCAAUUUCAAGAUGAAAAGGGAGGCUCGGGGCCAGUAGCUGCAUUUUUAUCAUAUAAGCCUUUGUUUUUUCUCAACAAAAGAUGUAACAAAACCAAUGUGCAGACUCAUUGGCUUGGUCAUUUGUUUUUCCAAAAGAGGAGGUCAGUAUACAACUUGGUCAUUAGUGCGAGUGCAAAGGUCACAUUUCUCAAAGUCGAAAAUAAUCACGCUGGGUCGAGACCUGCCAGGUGGUUGGCAGAACUCAGCUACAUCUCGGAAGAGUAUUAGUUGUUACCUUAGAAGGCAGAAUGUGAGGGGAGAGUGGCCAGAGCCUUUGAUCUGUAACAUAUUCUGUGUAACCCUUGGUUCUUGGUGUCUGUGGCUUAGCACCGUGUUCUCUGAGUAGCUAGUUGUUCUGUUGUAAGUCCCUAGAUGCGGUGGUCUCAGAUGACCUGUCUUAGAAGCAGAUCUUAGUCAACUCCCGAAGCAUAAUGCACUGUCUGUUCUAACCUGUCACCAGCAGUCACAUAGGACACAGACAAUACCCCUUUUCCCUCUAGUUUCUUCACGUAGCGCCCCUCUUAGUGUCUAAGCCUUUUCCAAAAGCUUUGAAUACUGUGAAAAUGUUUUACAUUCCAUUUCAUUUGUGGUGUUUUUUUUAGACUGCAUUUUACCAGAUGUUUUGAUGUUAUCGCUUAUGUUAAUAGUAAUUCCCAUCUGUGUUCAUUUUAUUUUCAUGCUUUUCCUGUCAUGUAUCAGUAUUCACUUGACUAAAAUCACUCAAUUAAUCAA